AUGAAAAAGAAAGUAAGAAAUGAGGAUGUUUACAGUGCAAUUGAUUCACUGUCGAAACAAUCAACCCGUGCAAUGCAGUUACCACAAACACUGACAUCAUGCCAAAAACUUGCCAAUUCUGAUAAUGUGCUCUAUCUUGAAUGGGACCUUGACAGUGAAUCAGGAAUCAAUUACCUGAUAGGUUUACUGAAGAUUGGCUGUAAGAAGCUCUUUUUGUAUGACAACCAGAUGAAAGCAUAUUACGGUGAAUUUGUGUCGGUUUUGGAUUUCUAUGUACACCAAUCUCGCCAAAAGCAAGGACAUGGACAUAAGAUAUUCGAUUACAUGCUUAAUUACGAAAAAGUGAUGCCAUAUGAAGUUGCUCUCGAUAAUCCCACCGUAACACUUCUGUCCUUCAUGGCAAAACAUUACAAUUUGACGGUUGCAGUAUGGCAAAAUACAAACUUCGUUGUGUUCGAAGAGCUUUUCAGUGUCAUCCCGAAAGGUUAUCUAAUUUCUAUUCGCAGCCAAUAA